GCUCUCCAACGCCAGUGCCGCCUCUAGCUCACCGAGCUCCAGCCGAAGGAGAAGGGGGGUAGGUAAGUAGAGGUCUCUAUGUCAUGGCUUGCACAAAGCAGACUGCUGGCAAAUCGACCGGUGGUAAAGCACCCAGGCAACAACUGGCUACAAAAGCCGCUCGUAAGAGUGCGCCCUCUACUGGAGGGGUGAAGAAACCUCAUCUUUACAGGCCUGGUACUGUGGCACUCCGUGAAAUUAGAUGUUAUCAGAAGUCCACUGAACUUCUGAUUUGCAAACUUCCUUUCCAGCGUCUGGUGCGAGAAAUUGCUCAGGACUUCAAAACAGAUCUGCGCUUCCAGAGCGCAGCUAUUGGUGCUUCGCAGGAGGCAAGUGAGGCCUAUCUGGUUGGCCUUUUUGAAGACACCAACCUGUGUGCUAUCCAUGCCAAACGUGUAACAAGUAUGCCAAAAGACAUCCAGUUAGCAUACCGCAUAUGUGGAGAGCGUGCUUUAAUCCACUAUGAUGGGAGACAUUUCAUUCUUUAAAAAAAAAAAAAGUCUCUUCUUUCUGUUAUUGGUAGUUCUGAACAUUAGAUUUUUUUUUCCCCCAUGGGGUCAAAAGGUACCUAAGUAUAUGGUUGCGAGUGGAAAAAUAGGGGACAGAAAUCAGGUAUUGGCAGUU